AUUUACUGUGCUUCGUUCCAGUGGGUGAGGAAGGAGAAGAAACAGAGAGCUCUGGAGAUGGGUCUUCUUCCUCUGAUCUUCUUCUGUUUCAUAGCUUUCUCCAAUGCAGAGAUGUCGAGCAAGAUUGGCAUAAACUAUGGGCUUCUGGGCGACAAUCUCCCUUCCCCAUCUCGAUCCAUGAAGCUUAUCAAGAAACUGAAAGCACGUAGCGUUAAGCUCUACGAACCAGAACCUGAAAUCCUCAAAUCCCUUAGUAAGACCAAUUUCGAAGUAGCUGUCAUGGUUCCAAACCAAAUAAUCUCCAACAUCUCAUCAAAUCAAACCCUCGCAAACGAAUGGGUCAAAACCAAUCUUCUCCCCUUCUAUCCUAAAACCAAGAUUCGCACUCUCUUCGUCGGCAACGAAAUCUUCAGCUACUACACUGACCAAGACAAGAAAACCUGGUUCGAUCUCGUCCCAGCUAUGCGGCGACUCAGAUAUUCCCUCAAAACCCACAACCUCCGAAAGGUUAAAGUCGGAACCACAUGUGCCAUGGACGUUCUGCAAUCUUCUUUCCCACCCUCCAACGGAACGUUUCGUUCCGACAUAGCCGUUAAUGUGAUGAAAUCUUUGUUACAGUUCUUGAACAAAACUCAAUCUUUCUUCUUCAUCGAUUCCUACCCUUUCUUCGUCUGGUCCGAGAACUACCCUAAAAUAAGCCUAGAUUACGCUCUCUUUCGUGGAGGUAACAAAUACACCGACCCUGUAAGCGGCUUAACCUACACUAACCUGCUCGAUCAAAUGCUUGACUCAGUGAUUUUCGCCAUGUCUAAUCUUGGUUUCAAAGACGUACGGUUAGCAAUCUCUGAAACCGGCUGGCCCAAUUCUGGCGACAUAGACCAGUUCGGAGCAAAUAACUACAAUGCCGCUGUAUAUAACCGGAAUCUCAUCCGGAGAAUGACGGCAAAACCGGCAGUGGGAACACCGGCUCGACCAGGUGUGUUCAUCCCAACCACCAUCUUCGCUUUAUAUAAUGAGAACCAGAAAGGUGGACCGGGAACGGAACGGCACUGGGGGCUGUAUUAUCCUAACGGAACGGCGGUUUAUGAGGUUGACCUGUCCGGAGAAACACCGGAUUAUGAGUACAAGUCGGUGCCUCCACCGACAAAUAACAAGCCGUACAAGGGAAAGAUAUGGUGUGUGGUGGCGAAGGGAGCAAAUGUUACGGCGUUGGGAGGAGCAGUGAAGCAUGCCUGCGGUCAAGGGAAUGGGACCUGCGAUGCGAUUAGUCCGACCGGCGAUUGUUACGAACCGGUCUCGUUAGUUGCACAUGCGAAUUACGCUUUCAGUUCCUAUUGGGUUCAGUUCAAGAGUUCCGGUGGGACGUGCUACUUCAAUGGAUUAGCUUCUCAAACGAUUAAGGAUCCAAGUCAUGGAUCGUGCAAGUUCCCCAGUGUGACUCUUUCUGGUUGAUGUUCAGGAGGG